UCGAAAGGUAAACCUAAAAGUUCCAGUACAGCGCUGUUCUUUUCCGUAGUCACGAAUUUCACUAAACGAAACGUCAGUUUUGGGUUUAAUCUGAAAUAUAUUGACUGCGUUCAUGUGCUCUUGUGUAGACAGCUAAAGGAAGAUGGCAGCGUGCGCAAUACGUCGGGGUUUAUUGUCCACCGCCUGUAAAUAUAACACGCAGAAAUGCUCUCACAGAAUACUGAGUGCAGUUGAUUUCAGCAGCGGAUUAGAUGCUAAAAGACCUCAGACGUUGUGUUCAGCUUGCGGGCUGUCCAGUUUUCCGCAGACGAGGUUCAUGUCAUCACGAAACAGACCAGAAGGGAAAAUACUGGAACCUGUUGGAGUGUUUGAGGCCUUGAAGCAACAUGGCAAAUAUGAAACAGGCCAGCUUUUCCUGCACAGUGUAUUUGGUUACAGAGGAAUAGUGUUGUUCCCCUGGCAUGCUCGACUCUAUGAUAGAGACGUGAGCCCUGCUGCACCUGACAGCAAGCCGGACUCUGCGGGCCAUGGGUCCAAAGAGGUGAAGGGGAAAAUGCAUACGUACUACCAGGUCCUCAUAGACACCAGAGACUGCCCACAUAUAUCUCAGCGGUCUCAGACCGAAGCGGUUACUUUCCUGGCCAAUCAUGAUGACAGCAGGGCCCUGUAUGCUAUUCCAGGUCUGGAUUAUGUCAGUCAUGAAGACAUCCUGCCUUAUAACUCCACUGAGCAAGUUCCUAUCCAGCAUGAGCUGUUUGAACGCUUCCUCAUGUUCAACCCCUCCAAAAAUCCCCCAUUCACUGCAAGAGAUACACUCAGGGCCUGGCAGGAGAAGAACCAUCCCUGGCUGGAGCUCUCAGAUGUACACAGAGAAACCACAGAGAAAAUCCGCGUCACUGUGAUCCCCUUCUACAUGGGCAUGAGAGAAGCUCAGAACUCCCAUGUGUAUUGGUGGAGAUAUUGCAUUCGUUUGGAGAACCUGGGCAAUGAGGUGGUUCAACUCCGGGAAAGACACUGGAGGAUCUUCAGUCUCUCAGGGACUCUGGAAACAGUCCGUGGCAGAGGAGUGGUUGGCAAGGAGCCAGUUUUGUCAAGAGAACAGCCGGCCUUUCAGUACAGCAGUCAUGUUUCACUUCAAGCACCCAGUGGACACAUGUGGGGGACAUUCUGUUUUGAGAGGACAAAUGGCUCACACUUUGAUGUGCGCAUUCCACCUUUUUCAUUAGAGAGCAAUAAGUAUGACAAAGCUCCCCCCACUGGCUAUCCCUUGUAAUAAACUUGCUCCUAAAGGACUUACCACAGCUCAGUGUCCCUUCCAGGCUGUUUCUUUGGAGAUUUACCUUCCUUAGUGCUCCUUAAAUAUACAGUAUAAUGGUUUUAGCAAAACAUCAUCCAGCCUGACUUUAACUGCAGCACAGGAGGUUUGUAAGCAGCUGUAUUUUAAAAGAACAAAAGAAAAAGCAGUAAAAAAUACCAUAUGGUUUGAUGCAAGUAGUCUGGUAAGAAUCAAGAUGGGGGCGGCUAACUUUCUUCCAAACCCUCACAACAGGAAAGGCUGUAUUAUUAAUGUGAUUUUUUUUUUUUUUUUCUUCUAUUUAUUUGGGCUACUGUAUUCGUCAAUGGAAUAAGCAUAUGAGAGUUAUUCAAGCUUAUUUAGGAUUAUAGUCAGUUAAUUUACCUCACUAAAUUCAGACAUUGGUUAGCUUGAGCUGCAUUGAAAUCUAGUUUAGGCUAAUCUUAUGUCCUGGAGGAGAUGGUCUGUUUAUCCCAGGGGUGAACAUUACAUGUUUUCUCCAAGUACAAAUUGUCAGAUUAUGAAUUGCUGCAAAGAUUAUUAUGAAGCCAUGCCAAACUCGGCCACUUCUCACUGAAAUGUGGUUUGACUAAGAGCCUAUAGUGGGCUAAAACUGUAUUCGAUAUCGUCAUCUUGAAACCAACCGUUGAUCAUACAUUAGGAUUAAACUGAUGAAUGAUGAACUGCUUCACUGUUUAUUGUAAAUAAGUUUGUAAAAGCAUAAAUAAAAUGACAUUUUCAA